AUGUCCAACCCGUUGGUCGACCGCAUCUUGGGCAACCCGCUCACGUUUGUUGCCGCCAAAGCGCCCGAGAAAGACGCCGAAAAGGAGAAAAACCCGGCCUACAUUGUGCUUGGAUCCAAGAAGAGUGUGCCAUCGCAGGAAACACCGGUGAUGAAGCCGAAGCGGACCAUCAAGGUUCAGCCGCGUUCCAUGGCCGAUGCUAUAGCCGCCUACACGGGGAGAAAGUACUUGACCAAGAAGGAGAAGAAGGAGAAGAAGGAGAAGGAGAAGGCUGAGAAGGUGGUGGAGAGCUCAGACGAGUCGCACUACGAGCUGGCUUCUGAGUUCCAAACAGACAGUUCGUUCCAGGGGUUCCGCAGUGAGGAGGAUGUUGAGAAGCUGGAGGUCGAGGCUGACGAGAAGCUGGAGGUCGAUGCUGACGAGAAGCUGGAGGUGGAGAAGUCCGUUGAGCCGGAGGAAGAUGAGCUGGAUGGGUCCUACAAUGGCGAGUCUGAAGAAGAGGAAGAAGGGGAAGAAGAUGGUGGCGAAGGCGAGCCAGAUCACAUCGACAACGACUCCGAGAAGGAGUCGGAUGCUGAGGCCUCCGACGGUGCUCCUGAGGAUAUGGCUCAGUUGAAAAGAGACCUUCUAGCAGAUGCCCGCAAAACGCCUCCAACGUCGCCAGACCUCCCGGCUAAGGAAACUGAGUCCAAGAAACAGCCAAUCACGUUGGCCAAACACCCCAAGGGCCACUACAACAUCACGGAAACAGCACUUGACCGCGGUCUGAAUGGAUCCACCAGAAUCGUCAAGAACUGGACGAAGAAGUUCCAGGGAAAGCACCCCGUGGGUCUCCUCAACUUUGGCGUCACAUGCUACAUGAACCUGGCCAUCCAGCUGAUGGUCCACAUUCCAGCGGUCCAGCACUACCUUCUAGAAGUGCUCGAAGGGAAGCACGAGCUUCCCAAUAGAAGCGUCACCAACACGGUGGCCGAGCUCUCCAGCCGAAUGUGGGGAUUUUCCUCCGGUCACGGCAAGGGCCCUCGUAAAUUCGUGAACCCCAAAAAGGUCAUCCAGAGGCUCUUUGACAUCAACUGCAUGAUGAGCGAAUGGCAGCAGGAAGACUCCCACGAGUACUUCAUGAGCUUGAUGUCGAGGUUCCAGGAGGACUCUACGCCCAAAGGCCGCAAAUUAAACGAGUCCAUUAUUUAUGAUAUCUUCGGAGGCCUACUACAACAGGAAGUCACCUGUCGCGAGUGUAACACCGUCAGCACCACCAAACAGGAAUUCUACGACUUGUCGUUGGGACUUAACAAGAAAAGACGCAGUCUGGAAACGGAGGAGGUGCCCUGUGGCCGCUACUCCAUCGAGAAGAGCAUAAACGACUACUUUUCCACGGAAACAAUCAAAAAGGACAAGGUUGACGAGUCCUCAGGCUACCACUGUGAAAAGUGCAAAAAGCGGACUGUUGCUACCAAAAAGUCCAUGAUUGAGCGCAGUCCAGAGACACUCAUGGUCCACUUGAAGCGUUUCAAGUUCAACGGCCUGUCUUCCUCCAAGGUCAAGCAAGCCAUCGAGUCCACAAAGUACCAGCUCAUAUCAGUCAUUGUCCACGAAGGCAGGUCUAUCCUGUCGGGCCACUAUAUCUGCCACUGUCUUCAGCCAGAUGGUCUGUGGUCCACGUAUGACGAUGAGUAUAUUAACAAGUUGGACGAACGCAAGGCCUUGACAGAUCCCUCAGCAUACUGUUUAAUUUACACGAAGCUCACGCCAAAGGACGAAAGCAGCAGCGAGGAGAAGAAGAGAAAGAGCCAUAGAGGAACACCGGCAGCCAAGAGAGCCAAACACUAG